GUGGGCACAGGUGGGUGACACUGGUGGGCACAGGUGGGUGGGCACAGGUGGGUGGCACUGCUGGGCACAUGUAGGUGGCACUUCUGGGCACAUGUGGGUGCACUGCUGGGCACAGGUGAGUGCACUGAUGGGCACGGGUGGGCGCACUGCUGGGCGGAACUUGCGGGUGGCACUGCUGGGCACCGAUCAUCAGGGCACUGAUCAUCAGUGCCCUGAUGAUCGGUGCCGAUCCCCGCUCUGACAACUGCCGGUUCUCGGCAGUACUUUCCUCACGAUCUGACAGCGUGAGGAAAGUGCAGCCGAGAACCGGCACUUGCAU